UGCGAACCUUUACUUUGAUUGUAGCCCUUGCGGUUCAUUGAUUGGGCGUUACCGUAAUGCAGAAUAGCAACAUAAAGUGGAGACUGGCCUUAAGGCAAUUCUCCAAGGGGUGUGAAGUUUCCUUAUUAUGCUAACAAGUAGCUGCUUUGAAUCGAUACUGUGAGUAUCCAAUAUUUCUUUGGUAAGGAGCUGCACAAGUGGAAUAACUUAACUCUAUGCUGUAUAUUUAUUCUACUGCUUAGCGUGUUUCACUCGUCAUCAACACAGAGCGUUUCAGCUAAUGAUGAGUGACCCGGCUGCCUGGACAUGGCAUUACGGUUAUUGGCGCUAAUGCUAACGCGGCUAGCUACUUGGCCCAUUUGGCUAAACUGCUGAGCUACUUGCGGCCGUUGAAUCGGCUAAUGUUAGCGAGCAACAAGCUAAGCCCAGCAUCUCUAUUUUAGGAGGAGGAUAACCGCGCGUUAUCAAAAUCGAUUCACGCCAAACUUCACUUGACUUGAACGCUCAUUGUCUACUUGGUUUCCAGUUUGGGUAAUUGUAGCUGCUUCGAGCUAGUUCGUUUUCGCGCUAGCUUUCAGUGGAACAGUUGUAGUCAGUAGUCACGCUCGUGCAACUAUCAGUUCCAGUGAGUGGUCAUUGUGCAGCGUUUAGCCAUUGCAUGCUAAUCAUCCAUCUGGAAAGUUGGUGAGCACGCGGAACAUUACAAAUAGCGUUAACUCGGACCAUCCGUGGAUGUCCUGAUAAUUGCGUUGUGCGGACAUAUAGUGACAACGUUAUUUGAUUUGACGGCGUUAAGUUUUCUGCACGGUAGAGUUGUUAAGAAGACGGGCCUCGUUGAUUGCAGUCGUUUCCCUCCAACUCUGGAGCCUUUUUUUUUUUUUUUUUUUUCAAAAAAAAUAUUUUUUAUUUCGCGCCGUGCGAAGUUGACGUUUUCCUGGCGCAACCAUGUAACGGCUCAGACUUGGCCUUUUGGAUCGCAAAACGAAUCGCCGUACUAACUUAGCACGAUGCACAAUUCUGGAGUCCUGUCACAAGAAAAGAUGGAGCUAGACCUGGACAGCCCAUCUUCCUUAGGUCAGAUCGAGGGGCAGCUGAGGAGAUCCAACAGUGCACCCAUGAUUAAUGGCCUAAGUGAUAACUCCCAAGUGUUCCAGAGAGAGGUCUUGCGAUGCCGCAGAAAUAGCACAACAGUUGUCAACAGGCCCAAUAUGGUGCCGUCGUCGCCCAUCCGUGUUCCCAGCACCAGACUUCAUCAAAUCAAACAAGAAGAAGGCGUCGAUCUGAUGAACAGAGAAACUGCACAUGAGCGGGAAGUUCAAGCUGCUAUGCAAAUAAGUCAGUCCUGGGAAGAAAGUCUUAGCCUGAGCGACAAUGAUUUGGAAAAGUCUGCGUCGUCAUCUCCUAAGCGCAUUGACUUUGUGCCCGUGUCACCGGCACCGUCACCAACCAGAGGCAUAGGAAAAAAGCAGUGCUUUUCUCCUUCCCUUCAAAUCCUUGUGAGCAGCAAUGGCCUCACUCCCAGUCCUAUACCAAGUCCAACAAGGCGUUUUGGCCGACGUAGCCAGAGCCCUAUCAACUGCAUCAGAGCCAGCAUACUUGGGCCGAUAAAACGCAAAGGAGAGAUGGAGACAGAGAGUCAGCCGAAAAGGCUCUUUCAAGGCACCACCACUAUGUUGUCGGCUGAAGUCUCCAAUUUGACAGAUCUCGGCUCCUGCCACUCGCCAGAUGGUUUGUUGGACGGCAGCCUCAGCAGCGUCUGCUCCUCCACUGACUCCCCAAGCAAAAUGGAGGGAGUGUCACCGUCGUCGUCCAGCAACUCUCCCUUUGCUUCCCUCCAGGAUUUGUCUCCCAAGUGAGAGCACGAUGACUGAGGAACAUCCCAAAACCAGUCUUCUCUGGCCAGGGAACUAUUUUCCCCAAAGACCCUUCACCUCAGCAAUCCCUAAAGGAUUGUGUGCUUUUUAGUGCCCGGAUACGUCUGAAGACGAGUUGAAAGCCAUGUUGUCGUUCGUGUGAAAGGUUUGAGGAUGCUGAGCACAAGCUGCUAGUCUUUGGGAUGGAUGGUGCUCAGCUUCACUGGCAUUAGUUAUACAAUUACAGUAGCUAGCAUUGUUAUAUGUUUUCCCUUAGCGAUGAGACACAAAGCACUGGACAAAACAAAGAUUCGGAUUUGUGUAUUUCCCCCGUUGUGCUGGACCUCAUAUUGCCCAACAGGCCUUUGUACGUAAAGACUUCAGAUCAGAUUUGUAAAAAAAAAAAAAAAAAUUAACUUAUUGUCUUUCCGUAUUGUUUGCUAUUCUGUACAUAUAAUAAUCUUAUGAAAAGCUUGUAUAGUUUAAAGUUUAUAUGAGCAGGUUAAUUGUGACGAAAGGAAUAGAAGGUAACUGUUACUGUUAUACUGUUAACAAGUGUUCCCUUGGUUUAAAGGUGUAAACUGUGGUCUUUUUUUGUUUUGUUUUUUCUCCGCCAAGUGGCUUGAUGCCUGUCACAUGGCACGUUACCAGGAGGAGCAAUGAAUAACCUGGUCUUUGUAGUGUUCAACACUAAAGGCCUAUCUAGUUGUACAGAUUAGAUUUUUCUUCAAAAAAAUGUUAUUUAUAGUAAAGGAAAAACUAUAUAAAUAUUCAUUAGGAUGGUGAUAGUCUGCUAUCCCAAGUAAAAGUGAACAUUUGUGUUAUUUUAUUUGUGAGUGCUAUCCAAUGCAGUGAACAUCCAAAUGGCACCAGUGCUUUGUUUUAUGAGGCUGCUGUUCCUGCUGUGGUUCAUGUUGCACAGGGUAUCUUGUUUUCUUCUCGCCCUGUGUCGAAGUCUUAAGUGAGGGUGAAGUUUGACUGGACCUCCCGUCAUUGGAAAAAUCUAACAGUACGUUAUCACUGCACUGUGACUUUUGCACCUAGAUUUGUGAUUAACAGUUCCUCCCUUUAUUUACAAACAAGGAUAUGAUUGUAAUCAUUCUAAAGGAGUUGUGCCCUUUUUGUUUGCAGUUACACAAUUCAAUGUCAUUUUACUUUAUCCAAAAUUCCAACAUGAAAAAAAUGUUUGCCCGUUUUGUCAAUGCAUGAGGUUUUUGUAGACACAAAUUUAGUGACGUCAAACUGACCUUAGCAUUUUGUUUGCGUUCAUAUCAAAGAUUAAAUAAAUGAAUGUCUGUUGUGUUUGUGUCCAAUGUCAUACAUUCUGCUGUCAACAACCAAAUAAAAUCAGUUAUAACAGGCUGA